AUGCCGCCGCGAAAACCACGUAAUAAUGACUCCAGUUCAGAUGAGGAACCGGUGAAUCCGACACCUGUGGCACCUGUAAACCCGACACCUGCAGCACCUGUGCUUAUGUCCAAGAACCAGAUAUCGUCGCUUCUGGCCGCCUUCUCUGUGGCACAAACCGAGGCAAACCGCAAGCUCGUCCAGUCUCUUCUGACAUCGCACUUAGGGGCGCCGCCAAAUGUUGAUUCGAGUGCUGCUGGCGCGGCCACUGUCACGUCACUACGGUCGUCAUCUAUCCCAGGGACAUUCGUAAAAUGCACUGCACGGUUUGACGGUUCGUCUCAACACCCGGAAGCAGUGGAAGCAUUCAUUGACGCGGUGGAAAUGUAUAAGGAUUGUGCAUCAGUUAGUGAUGAGAUGGCACUUCGCGGUCUUCCUAUGUUACUUCAAGGAGACGCAGCAGUGUGGUGGCGUGGAAUCCGAAACGAAGUACACUCGUGGUCGGAUGCUGUGAAAUGCCUGCGCUUGAUGUACGGAGUUCCACGACCUGCAUAUAAGUUGUACCGAGACGUUUUUGCCGCCAAACAAGGAUCGGGGCGUGCCGAUAUUUUGGUCGUAAAGUUAAGGGCUUUGUUGGCGAAACUACCCUAUGAGUUACCAGAGGAAGCGAGAUUAGAUAUGAUUUACGGGCUUCUACAUAAGAGAAUCAGAAAACGGUUGUCGAGAGAUACUGUGAAUGACAUCGAAUCUCUCACUGAAAGAUCUCGAGCUAUAGAAGAGUCGCUGUCGGAGAACGCUGCGAUGCCACCGCUCGCGCCGCCACAACCGUCAGCGUCGCCGCUGAGUGUACCCGCGAGAUCCAGCCGCAGGCAUGGCGAGGGAGCUCAGCAUAGUACUUCGGGUUCGAGUUUGACGGCGCCUCAACUGCGCACCCCCGUCUCCGCUUCGCAGUCAUCACGUGACCGCGCACCAGCCCCGCGUAGUGAUCAGUGUGUGAGCAAAACUAGUGAUGGUGAGAAAAAGCUAUUCUGUGUUUACUGCAAAACGCGAGGACACGUCCGUGACUCCUGUGAUAAGUUAAAUAAAAGAUCUCAUUCUUCUAACUCAGGUAUUGUUUAUUAUAAUUGUGGCGACAAAGGUCAUAUUAGAGUAAAUUGCCCUAAAUGUUUACGGAGUAUACCUUCUAAUGAUAAUGUUAAGGUUGAAAAUGUAUUUUCGUCCAUCUUUGUUAGUAAUUGCGACUCGAGUUCGAAAUCCGAUUGUAAGGAGCAAGGUCGGCCUAUCGUACGAGUGAGUACAUAUAGGGGGAUACUUGGGUACCGCGUUGUUAGAUAG